AUGCCGUCCCGCCGCACAAUAAUCGCGGCAGUAUUGGCCGUCAUACCUCUGGGCCUCGUCGUCCUGAAUCUCCAGGCCGUUCAUCAAGCGCCACAAACGCAGCAGCGCAUCCAACCACACGAGGAGAAUUUCAUCCAGAAAACGCUCGAAGCCAUACGAGGCGAGGAGCGCCGGAGCGGCGAGGAGAUCGCGCAGGCUGCGCAGGAUCUGACGAACGCCGAGGCCAUCGUUGAGCGGCUGGAACGGGCGGGCAACGAGCUCGCCAAUUUGUUCGCGGAGCGCGAGGCGUCGGAGACGAGCCGCGACGCCGCUGAGGCCGUCGCGGAGACAGAACGACAAAGGAUCAAUCCGGACGCGCCCUGGGAGCGCGAGGUCAAGGAGCUGACGGUCUGCGCCCACGUCGACACGUUCGCCCGCGUCCCGGGCCACAGGAAGGGCGACCACCACCCCUUGGAACAUGGAAACGCGUCCUUAUGCAUCGCGCCGCACAUCCAGCUCCGGGAGAAGUUAAAAGUACGACUUAUACCCAAGGGCGAGAAGGGCGGCAAGCGCCAGUGCAUAAAUCAAAUUGUCGCGACGCGUCUCCACCACGGCUCGAUGCUCACUGAUCGAUUUUUGCACAGGCAAGCGGGCCUUCUUCCUCAUGAGUCAAGGAUUAAGACAGCACCCGAUGGUCGAGCUCGUCGGAAGCCCUUACCGCCUCUGCAAGGACCGCGGGUAUACGUUGGACAACAAGCACUCGAACUGCGAAAAAGAUAUAAGAAAGCUCGGCGAGAAGACGCCGGACGCCGACGUCGCGAUCGUCGUGAUGCCCGCCAACGAUCCAAAAUUCUAUAGUAGUGGAAGGGCCGCGGCCUUUUUACCGUACCGCUGGGGCACCAAUAAAAAACUCGCGGCCGACCCCGUCGAGGACAUUGGGACUACGUCAGGAUAUGAGAAGAUCACGCACGCCGACGAGAACCCGACCCUAUACAGGUAUGCGCCUCCGGUACCCGCGAACCGCAUGAUCUUCGUGGACGAGGCGGACUGGGCGUCUAGUCAUGCGCACGUGCGCGAUGACGCGGCCCAGUAUCUGGCCUAUUUCAAGCGGUCCUGGGUUGAUAAAAGAGACGCCGUGCCGAUGAAGGCGUCGGGCUCUCGGCACUCUAGGUCGAAGUCCUACUUCCCCAUGCCGUACGCCUUGGCCGACGAGUAUGUUGAUAGUGACAAAUUGGGCGACGUCGUCGGCGCGAGGCCCAUCGACGUCGUCUGCACGUUGCGCGACAAAAGAGGUGGAAGGGGCCGCGUCCUGCCGUGGCUCAAGGAGUACGCUGCCGAGAGGAAGUUGCACGACGUGCGGUUAGGACAAUUGUCAAGCGCGGGCCGCACGGUCAUUGAUGCUGGCUAUCUCUCGACGAUGCGCCGCGCCAAGGUUGUGGUGACCUGCAACCCGACGGGCUGGGAGGGCGACUUUCGUUUAUUUGAGGCGUUGUCUUCAGGUGCUCUGGUCAUGGUCGAUAGGAUGGGCACGCCGUACCACCACCCCCUGAUCGACGGGGAGCACGUCGUCUACUACGACCACACGAACAAGACGGAUUUAUUGGAUAAGCUGACGCACGCCCUGAACCGGCCCCACUGGGCGCGCAAGGUCGGCGUCAAGGGCUACGCGCACGUGCUGCGGCACCACCGCGCCGUGUCGUGCAGUGCAUGAAUCAUGGCCUCCACGCCAUCGACGCGACGCCAGCUCGAUGGCGUGGCGGUGUGGGUCUUACACCACUCGGUGCACCCGACGCACUGUUCGAUUUGCGCACAGGUGUCGUGGGCCGACUACUUCCUGCGGACGGCGCACGCGCGCAUGCUCGCCGAGAAAGGGGAGGAGCAAAAGUACGCGGAGACGGGGCAGGCCGUCCUCGCGCGCGCGAACCGGCCGGUUAGCGGCGCGCCGCCCGUGAAGGCGGACUUCGCCACGCGGCGCGAGCACGGGGCGCUGGCCUUCGCGGCGAACGAGCACGCUGAUGAUGAUACGCUGCGGAUCGAGGACGUGUAGCUAGUAGC